AUAAGAAUCAUCUUCUUAUUAAGUAACUUCCUUCCAUGUCCACACAAAUUUCUAACCAAAUCAGUUCAAAAAAUGGUUCCAACUACAUUCUCUACUUCCCAAGAAUCACCAUGGCAACAGCAUCAGCUGUUCCAAAGACUUUACCUUCAUUUCUUCCCAAUCUCCCUUACCCAAGAACAGGAACUCUCUCUCAAAUAAAGUUGAAAUCCUUACAAACCCCACAUAGAGUCCUUUCUCAGCAGCCCCAUUUGAGCUCUAAUGGAGUCCAAUUCAUCCCUACCAAGAGAAAUGAAAUGGGUGUUAAGAGAACUAACUCUAGUAGAAGAUUUCUAGUCAGGUCCAUGGGAUCAGACAGUAGUAUUACCUCCACAGGAUUAUCAAACAAGGUGGUUGGAGUAUUGCAUUUAGUAGUUUCACUUGGGAUCAUACUGGCUAUGGAUAAGUUGUUAAAGAAAGCAUUUGUGACUGCUGCUAUUAAGUUCCCAAGUGCUUUAUUUGGAAUGUUUUGCACAUUUACUGUUUUAAUGGCUCUUGACUCUAUUGUUCCUAAGGCUGCAGCAGGAUUGAUGAACUUCUUUGAGCCUGCACUUUUGUUUAUCCAGAGAUGGCUUCCUUUGUUUUAUGUACCUUCUUUGGUUGUUCUCCCUCUUGCUGUCAAGGAUAUUCCUGCUGCUUCUGGGGCCAAGAUAUGUUUCAUUCUAGUUGGAGGCUGGUUGGCUUCACUUUGUGUUGCAGGUUUCACAGCUAUAGCUGUCAGGAAAAUGGUAAAGACCGAGAUGAUACCAGCUGAGCCCAUGUCAAAGCCAUCUCCCUUUUCUUCUUUGGAGGUGUGGACUUGGAGUGGGAUCUUUUUGGCGUCAUUUGUUGGUGCACUUCUCUAUCCAACAGCGCUGGGAACAAGUGCUAGAACAUGCCUACCCUUUCUACUUUCAUCUACAGUAUUAGGCUACCUAGUUGGGUCAGGGCUUCCAUUGGCUGUAAAGAAGGUUUUUCAUCCAAUUAUCUGCUGUGCAGUCUCAGCAGAUCUUGCAGCAAUUGCUUUUGGAUGUCUUUCUCGGUCUGGAGUUGAUCCAGUUCUUG